AUGUCAUUGGUGUGCUAUAUGAGGGAGGAUGAGCUUCCAAAAGACCCGUGGGCUUGGAGAAAAUAUGGGCAAAAACCCAUUAAAGGGUCUCCACAUCCAAGGAGCUAUUACAAAUGUAGCACUUGGUCAGAUUGUCCAGCAAGAAGAAAGGUUGAAAAAUGCAAAACUCAAGAGAACACCUAUAUUGUGACAUAUGAAGGAGAGCACAAUCAUGCAAAGCCAACAUCUAAUAAGAAUGUUGUUGUUGGUACCUCCCAACGCAAGUCACCAGAGACUGGAUUACACUCUAUGGAAGAAGUUGGAUCAUCUACAAACAUCACAAAUUCAGGUUCGCCUAAUGUGGUGAUGUUGCAUAUUGAUCAUCCGGAGAGCAGCAAUGCCCAGGUUCUCGCUGAUCAAUCAAAAACCCCUUAUCCGGAAGUGGAACUAUUAGAGAGUCAAUCACUCGUUGUUGAAGAUGUUGGAUCAUCCUCAAAUGUUAGAAACUUGGGUUCACAUAACAAAAUGAUUCUGCAAUUUGAGGAGCCACAAAGCAGCAAUGUUACAGGUGUUGUCGGUGACUCAAACCUCCCUUAUUCUGAAACUGGAUUCAUUGGAAGCUUUGAUGAUAAUGAUGACAUUUUGAUACCAAACAUAACAACUUGGUCAGAAGAUUACUUAAUGGACUUCAACCGCCUCAAUGGUGUUGCUAUAUUCCCUUAG